AUGAGUGACAGCAACAGUGAGAAGGUAGCAAUGGAGAGGAGGACAAUCUGUUUCCCGCAUCAUGGCACCCAAGGAAUUCUCCAGCAUGGAGACAAGGGCUUCAAGGACGAGAUCGACCGACUUUACGUGCCGGCGGAAAACAAUGCUAUGGAACAACUUCUCGAGUUGAAGACGAGAUUACGAACUCUUCCAACCGAAGAAUUCUGGGGAGCAGUGACUGAAGGCAUCUCGAGGAUACUGGGGGCCGAGAUCUGCUUUGUUAUGAAGAGAGUCUUGGUAGACGACCAGAAUUCAGCGGUCGAGAUGCCACCCAUUGGAGAGCCUGGAUCCUGCAUCAUGGCUUCAGCCCUUCAUUACUGCGCAAAUGAUGGCACAAGAAACACACAUAACAUGACCAAAUUCCAUGCAUACGGCUGUCCAUGCGCAUACAUGCGCCACGACAAAGUCUUUGUGAUUCCAGAUCGUCUUGGCAAGUUCAUCACCAACAACCCGAACAAACUACCGACACCCUGCGAAGCAUAUAUGGCCGUUCCACUGUUUGAAGAGGGCAAGUGCUUCGCACACUUUGGCGCCAUGUGGUCGGUGGAGGGUGCUGCUCAGAGGAAGCUGUCAUGGGCAUUCAACGAGAUGAUCCUACACUCACUGGAGGACAUGAUUGCCCAGCGAUUCGUCGAAGGCACCGACUUCAUUCGAUCUUCGACACGAUCAUCUCAGGACGCCAAGUCCAAGGUCAUUCCUCACGAUGCCGUUACGAUUGCACAGUCCCUACGACCUUACGCCGGCAGUCUGUCCCACGAAUUGAGGACACCCAUGCAAGGCAUCGUCGGUAUGCUCGAUGUCAUGUACGCUACAGUUCAAGAAGCCGUCGAGACGCAAAAUGAUCCAAGGAUAAAGAGAGUGUUUGAGCAACUCAAGGAGAAUAUCGAGAUUGUUCAAGAUAGCUCUCGACGAGCGGUUGAAGCCGCCGACAAUGUCGUGCACGCCUAUGACAUGGACAUGAGCAUACCAGAAGUACCACAAGCAUUACUGGACGAGCCCAACGACUCACCAUUCUCCGCCACAGUUGAUCGACGGCCCGAAAUCCUGGUCGCUGGCAACAACUUACCAAUCAACCGACCGAACAAGCGUCGACGUGAGGAGGCAGGCUCAAGAAGUGGCAGCGAUGUCAGUUUACAUAAGUUUCCACGACUUGCACGAGCGCCAUCGUCCUGCCAACGCUGCUCAGAGCAGGACAUCCAGCAAGGCGUGCGGGAGGCCGAGAAAAUCUCCGCGCAGUCCCAGGUUGGCGCUGUCGUGGCAGAUGCGCCGGGUGCGGAGCUUGCAGCCAGCACGAUGAUUGACGCUGGUCGUGUCAUUGCCCCUGGACUUCGACAUGCCAGUUUCCGCGAGCUCAUACAAGGCGUUAUGAGUGAGUGUCUGAAAGUUGGAGGACGACCAGACUACGCCACAACUCAAGAAACCGACUUUGGAGAAGUCAUGGAAGUAAGGACGAGGGGCUCUGACGGCACCAUCGGUCAAAAGAUGAUCGAGUGGAGUAUCGAUCCAUCUGUACCGCGGACCAUGUUCAUCGACGAAAAGGAUCUCUGCAAGCUGAUCUCCUGCGUCCUGUUGAACGCCCUCAAGUUCACGGACAAGUUCGACGGACGGAUCUACGUGCAUGCCAAGAUGAGCCACCGAAACCGCUACAUUUCUAUCAAAAUAUCGGACAACGGACCUGGAAUACCUGCGGCGUUCUUGCCAAAGCUUUUCAAGCCAUUUUCUCAAGAGAACGGAUCCAUCACCAGACCAAGCGAGGGCCUCGGACUUGGACUGAUGGUCGGCAAAGGCAUUGCAAGGAAGUUGGGUGGCGAUUUGAUCUGCACGCGGGCAGAGACGAUGGGACCAAACCACGGCACAGAGUUCGAGAUCAAAGUGCCAGUCCAGGCUGGAGAGACGAUCAGCAGGCCUGCGUCUCCGUUUAGUUCCCCUAUGCCUCGCAAGGCGACCAUCGUAGCGACCAAUUCGCCACAAAUCAGACCGCCACCGGCACCGGCAGCAGUAUCGGACAGCCCACGUCAUUUCUCUCAGGCAUUACACGAGGUUGUCAGCGAGAACCCAUUCGCAGCUCGGAUGCCUCUGCCUAAGGUUAUGAUACCUUCCACGCCACCAUCACCCAAAUCCCAAUGUCUGAACUCGGGUCCUGACACAGAUGGCGAGUCGUCGAGUCCGCCUGCACCAUCGCUUCCAUCGCCACCAAUUGAAGCAGCCAAGCCCCGUCCUCGUGUGCGCAAAUCGGUGUCAAAUCCGGAGAUCGAUCGUGAUCUGGCCAAAAAAUGUCCGCUGACGUUCCUGGUCGCCGAAGACAACAAGAUCAAUCGCAAGCUACUCGUGAGCAUGCUCAGCAAGUUCGGCUACAAGAACGUACUGGAAGCGCACGAUGGCGCAGAGGCGGUCAGACAGAUGGCAGCGCAACGAGCUCAUCCAGAACAAGUUGACGUUGUUCUCAUGGACCUCUGGAUGCCCCUGAUGGAUGGCUAUGAAGCUACUGAGCGCAUUCUCGGCUCUUACAAGGAUGCGACAAACGGAUCGCACAAGCCCACAGUCCUCGCCGUCACAGCCGACGUGACCGACGGAGCACUUGAACGUGCCGCAGAAGUCGGCAUGAGAGGCUUCAUGACCAAACCCUACAAGAUGCUGGACUUGCAGCGGCUCAUCACCGAAUACUGUGCAAGCCACAAGGCCACUGCCGUUGUUUGA